UGACGCAACAUCUAUAAGGGGGACUAAACCGGUGCGAAGUCUCGGCCCGAAACCUCCACCGCUCAUUCCCGCCUGCCGGCUCGGAGCAAAUAAUCCGUCCCCAUGUGAGCUCCGACCAAUGGGCUUGACCCUCAUGUGAGCUCCGACCAAUGGGCUUGACCCUCAUGUGAGCUCCGACCAAUGGGCUUGACCCUCAUGUGAGCUUCGACCAAUGGGCUUGACCCUCAUGUGAGCUUCGACCAAUAGGUUUGGCCCUCAUGUGAACUCCGACCAAUGGGCUUGGUCAAACGUGAGCUCCGCCUCCACACGUGUGUCCUGAGACUGCGGUGUGAUUUUGAUUUGUCUUCCCACAGACGCGGCCUGACCGGCAGAGUAUUCCCGGUCCUCGCCGCUUUGUUUCCAAAUUCCCCACCAUUCGCUGAUUCAUUAGUUUCCUUGACCCGAUAUCCCGCUCACUCCGUCCCAGUUGACCCUCCAUGCUGGUUAAUGGCGGCCCCGGUGCAGCGGCUGAGUCACCUUGCUUUCCAUGUCAGCGACAGCGGGCGCCUGGUCCGCCACCUGGUGCGGUUGUUCCGUUUCCAGCUGUGCGGCCACCGGGAGACGCCGAGUGUUCGGCAAUCGCUGCUCAGGAGGGGCUCCGCCGCGCUCAUCGUUAACGAGAGCGCGGGCGGCCGGUGCACCGGGCCGGAGGGCUUUCUGUACGACGCGGCUCCGGCGCAUGUGGUGGACACCGCCUGCAACGUGUCGUUCGAGGUGAAGGACGUGGAGCGGGCGACACUCAACUUGAGCCGCCUGGGCUGCCAGGUUUUAGUGCCACCGAGCCCGGUGGAGGACGAGCUGGGUUCGGUCACUUAUUCUGUGCUGGGGUCGGUGGUAGGUGAUGUCCGCCACACUCUCAUCGACCGCAGCAACUACUUCGGAGACCUUCUCCCCGGUUUCGAUCCGUGCCCUGUAGCUGCCGUCCGGUCUCCGGAGCAGGCCGGCGGUCCGGUGGCAAUCACUCAUUUUGAUCACAUAACCUAUGCGUGCCCUCAAGGGCACAGCAACUACAUCAUGGACUGGUACCGGAUGUGCUUCGGCUUCCAGCGCUUUCUCAUUAAUCGAAAUGAAAGUGUAGACAAUGGUUAUGUCAUUCAAGGGAAUGACAUUGGAUUGCGCUUGACUGCUAUGGAAUAUUGGAAAUGCAGUGAAGUUGGUAUGUCAAUCUCUUCAAAUGAAGAAAAGAAAACAGACUGCAAGUUUGUGAUUGCUGAGUCCUUACCCUAUCAAGCAAGGUGUAUCAACUUUGACAAUAAAAGCCAAGGUCGAGUUUUUUAUCAAUGUAAAAACCAAGUUGACACAUUUCUGGAGGAGCACCGUGGAGCAGGAAUACAGCAUGUGGGAUUGUACACCAGUGACAUAGUUUCCACCUGCAAAUCUCUUGUAGAUGCCGGGGUUCAGUUUUUUACCCCUCCUGCUACAUAUUACACAGAGAUUGACAAACAGCAGGAGAUCAUGAAAGUAGGAGAAGAUCCAGAGUUGCUUUCACGAUAUGGCAUUCUCCUCGAUUCAGAGGUUGAUGGUGAGCACUGUAAAGAAGCUGAAUGUCAUAGGCCAGAUGAUAACAAAAACAGGUACCUCAUGCAAAUGUUUACAAAACCAAUAUUUUCUGAAGAGACUUUUUUUCUUGAACUCAUUGAGCGAAAGGGUGCCUCUGGAUUUGGAGAUGGAAAUAUCCGUGCACUGUGGAAAUCUGUUCAGACGUCUAUGGAUCAGCAUGAGGAGAAUAAAACCAGAAAGGGAAUAUUGACAAGGAAUGCCGGUUUGCUCUCAAGUUGAAGGACUAUUCAGUGACAGUUGGAAUUAUCAGACCACAGUCCUGCUUUUGGCAUUGAAUUUCUAGGGUCUGCUUUCCAAAGAUGUGCAAUUGUACUAAAUAUGAAAUAUAAAUGUACUGUAACAGAUAUCUUUAUCCUUAAUGUUUGAUGCCUUGUACUAUUUUGUGUUGAUUUAAAUUCUAUAUUCUGCGUCUGAGGAAGAUUUAGGAAUCCAUAUGUGUUCCCAACUCGAGUGCUUCAGAUUUGGUAUUUGAAGCUACUUGAUAUUUCAAAUGUAGAUCAUUUGGUUUGGUUUUACCUUGAAUCCAUUUGGAUUCAGAAUUUUGCCCUCUAGUUAGUUCACUUUUCAUGGGUCCUUGCAGAAAGCCAUGUGCAGACCAUCCUACUUGGUUCAGUUAAUGGAAAUUCAUCAUUACAGAAUUCACAAAUCAUUACCCAAAAAUUUGGUAUAGAAUCAAAUUCAUUCUCAGAAUUUGUUGGAGUGGAAAAAGAAUUUAAAAAAAGUUAUCUUGCUUUUUGUGACAUAUACACAGAUGUGCCUUUGCCAAAUGAAAAAUUGCAAUGUGGAUCAAUUUCUAGGAAUUAAACCCUCAGGUUAAUAUUUCUAUAAUUUUUCCCUACUCAGUCAACAAUUAGAUAUGUUGUUUGAAACAACAUUACCAAAUUGAUCUUGAUGCAAAAUUUCAAAGUUCAUUCCUUUUUCACACUUCAAAAAGAUUUAGAAGGGUUACGUUUCCACAGGUACCAUGUUUGAGAUGAAAUUUUAGAAGAAAAAUGUACAAUUCAAAUGAUGCCACAAUCAAUUCAGAGGAAGAGCUUUCCCUGUGGCCAGGUCAAGAAGAAUCACUGAUAUCACUUCCAAUUUAGUAUGGCCUAUUUGCUGAUGUUUGUGUACUCUGGCAUGAUAAACAUUUUUCCAUACAUUACAGCAGAGGUCAAAACCAGGGUUAAUUGAUGUGCAAUAGAGUCAACUUCCAUGUCCAGAUAUGCAAGUCCAUUACAUGUGCAGAUUAGUGAGUUUAAAUAUGUAGAUUUGCAUUAAUGGAAUUUUCAAUUUUGGUUGGAACUAGAGGCAAGGGGACUUGGCACUCCAAUAUUAAGUAAAUGAGUAUAGAGGUACCUUAAAAUUCUUGUACAUUUGAACUGAAAUUAAUUCUAUCCAUGUAGUGAUAGAAAACUGCUUUUCAGUUUACACAAUAGCAGCACAUAAAACAAUCCUUUUUAAUUUUUUCCUUUGUGGUUUUAUAAUUUGAAUCAAACUAGAGAUUAUCAGUGAAGGCAUAAUGAAUAAAUACAUACUAUAUUUGCUUAUCAUUUCUGUUGUAAAAUUAUGUAAUUUGAGUUUACCAUAUUUUUCUCUUUUGGAGAACAUUUAACUAAAUGUAUGUGCCUUUGCCUUUAAGACAUUGAGGAUCAUAGUGCAUCCUGAUUUUAGUCCCUUUAUCGUGAAGUGCACUGAAUAUGAAUUUUGUUUGAAUUAGAAAAUAUUUUAAAUAGGGUAUUGUAGUUCUGUAACUUGAAAAUCUUCAAAGAUACAUCAGUAAGAAAGUAAUAUGUCAUAGUCUGCUGCAUAUUGGAUUAUAUUAGUUCUAACAAAUUGCAAAUGAGACUAAUUCAGGAAGGAAGACUAAGAUCUUAGCAUAGACAAGUUGAGCUGAAGGGUCUUUAUUUAGUUCUGUGUAUCACUGACCAAGUUUUUGAAAUUUGUAUCUUAGUUUUUAAUUGUUUUCCUGUUGGUUCACUAUAUUUUUACUUUGCAUUCAAAGUAUAAGUUUCCUUCCACAGAUUUUUUGUAAGAUUUUUAAUUAUUUACUUAAGUGACCAUCUGUUAAUCAAGUAGAAACACUUAUCAAAAAAGAUUUGUUACGUUGGAUUCAUAUGGCUAAUAAUUAAAGAACU